CUGAGAAUCGCCUGUUAAGAAACAUUGCUUUGGUGCCUCUUCUCUCACUCCCUAGCAGCCUCUGAGGAUUUCAGCUGAUCUCUCUCUCUCUCUCCUCUAGACAGUGAGGAGUUCAACGAAAAAAAGGCAGAGCAGCAUGCAGCUAUCCGGAGGGUGUUGAUUGAAACUUAGGAUUCCCCCUCAGAUCACUGUUGAUUGGACUGAUGCUCCAGCAUUACCAGAGAAAAGAUUUCAAUUAAGGUCCCUUUAGAUGGAAUUUAAUGCAGCAAAAACCUUGUCAUCAGAAGGAUUAAUGCCUGCGUUAGUAUUUCUGCAAUAAAACUAGAAGCUAAGUUGUGAAGGCCACAGACACCUCAAACCUGGAUUCAUCUGCUCUGCAUUAAGUGCUGGAGUUUUUAUUAUUUACUGUAGGGAAGACAUUGCCAAUGCUUACAAGAAACUGCUUAUCCCUGCUUCUCUGGGUCCUGUUUGAUGGAGGUCUCCUAACACCACUGCAUUCACAGCCACAAGAAAUUUUAGAAGCAGAGCCAAGAGAAAAUGUUGUCCCACUGCCAGGGAGGAGGUCAUCUGCUCAGCGAGUCAAACGAGGCUGGGUGUGGAAUCAAUUUUUUGUGCUGGAGGAGUACAUGGGCUCUGAACCUCAGUACGUGGGAAAGCUUCAUUCUGACUUGGACAAGGGAGUCGGCACUGUUAAAUAUACCCUUUCAGGAGAUGGUGCUGGCACGGUUUUUACUAUUGAUGAGACCACAGGAGACAUUCAUGCCAUAAGGAGCCUAGAUCGAGAAGAAAAACCUUUCUACACACUCCGGGCUCAGGCUGUGGAUGUUGACACCAAGAAACCACUAGAGCCUGAAUCAGAGUUCAUCAUCAAAGUGCAGGACAUUAAUGAUAAUGAGCCAAGGUUUCUGGAUGGGCCUUAUGUUGCCAGUGUCCCAGAAAUGUCUCCAGUGGGAGCGUAUGUGCUUCAAGUAAAGGCAACAGAUGCUGAUGAUCCCACUUAUGGAAACAGUGCUAGAGUGGUUUACAGUAUUCUUCAGGGGCAACCAUAUUUCUCCAUUGAUCCCAAGACAGGUGUAAUAAGAACAGCUUUGCCAAAUAUGGACAGAGAAGUGAAAGAACAAUAUCAAGUUCUAAUCCAAGCCAAGGACAUGGGAGGACAGCUGGGAGGAUUAGCUGGUACUACCACUGUAAACAUUACUCUCACAGAUGUCAACGACAACCCGCCCAGAUUUCCUAAGAGUAUCUUCCAUUUAAAAGUACCUGAGUCCUCUCAUGUUGGUUCUGCUAUUGGACGGAUCAGAGCUGUGGACCCUGAUUUUGGGAAAAAUGCUGAAAUAGAGUACAAUAUAGUUCCAGGAGAUGGAGGAAACUUGUUUGACAUCACAACAGAUGAGAACACCCAGGAAGGAGUCAUUAAACUGAAAAAGCCAUUAGACUUCGAAACGAAAAAGGCAUACACCUUUAAAGUCGAGGCCUCCAAUCUCCAUCUUGACCAUCGAUUUCACUCAGUGGGUCCAUUCAAAGAUACUGCCACUGUGAAGAUAAAUGUGUUGGACAUGGAUGAACCUCCAGUGUUCAGCAAACCUGUCUACACGAUGGAGGUCUAUGAGGACACACCUGUGGGGACCAUCAUAGGUGCAGUGACAGCACAAGACCUUGAUGCUGGUAGCAGCUCAGUUAGAUACUUCAUCGAUUGGAAGAAUGAUGUGGACAGCUACUUUACAAUAGAUGCUACUGAAGGAACCAUUGCUACCAAUGAAUUACUGGACAGAGAAAACACAGCACAGUAUAAUUUCUCUAUAAUUGCAAGUAAAGUUAGUAACCCACUAUUAGCCAGCAAAGUCAACGUUAUAAUAAAUGUCCUGGAUGUCAAUGAGUUUCCUCCUGAAAUUUCAGUUCCAUAUGAGACAUCUGUAUGUGAAAAUGCCAAGCCAGGACAGGUGAUACAGAUCAUCACUGCAGCAGACAAAGAUUUGUCACCAGCUGGGCAAAGGUUUUCCUUCAAAUUGUCAUCUGAGGCUUCCAACAAACCCAAUUUCACAGUCCAUGACUACAGAAACAACACAGCUGGGAUUGAAACCAGGAGAAAUGGCUACAGCAGAAGGCAGCAAGAACUAUACUUUCUUCCAAUAGUAAUAGAAGACAGCAGUUACCCUGUCCAGAGCAGCACAAAUACAUUGACUAUCCGAGUUUGCAGAUGUGAUUCUGACGGUACCAUCCAGUCCUGCAACGUGGAAGCAAUCUUCUUACCAGUUGGCCUCAGCACAGGAGCGCUGAUUGCAAUCUUAUUGUGUAUUGUUAUACUUCUAGUCAUUGUGGUACUGUAUGUAGCACUACGGAGGCAGAAGAAAAAGGACACCCUGAUGACCUCUAAAGAAGACAUCAGAGAUAAUGUUAUCCAUUAUGAUGAUGAAGGAGGUGGAGAAGAGGACACCCAGGCUUUCGACAUAGGUGCCCUGAGAAAUCCCAAAGUGAUUGAAGAUAACAAAAUACGCAGGGACAUAAAACCAGACACCUUGCGUUUUCCGCGCCACAGACCACCAGCAGAAGAUAACACAGACAUAAGAGAUUUCAUUAAUCAAAGGCUGAAGGAAAAUGAUGCAGAUCCAUCUGCCCCCCCUUAUGACUCCUUGGCAACCUAUGCUUAUGAAGGAAAUGGAUCUGUUGCAGAGUCUCUCAGCUCUAUAGACUCCCUUACUACUGAGGCAGAUCAGGAUUAUGACUAUCUGAGUGACUGGGGACCUCGCUUUAAGAUCUUGGCAGACAUGUUUGGAGAAGAAAGUUAUAACCCUGACAAAGUCACUUAAGAACAACUACAACAGUGAAAUAAAAAGAAAAGUAAACCAACAACAAAUUUAAAAGAUAAACCUAAGCUUUAUAUAUGACACAAUUACUUUGAUUAUAUAAGACAGCAACUGUUUCCAGCAAGUUACUACAUUUAUCAUACUGUCAGUUUUGGUUUGAUCUGCAAAAGAAUGAUAAAUCCUGUAACAUACACAGGUUUUUGUUGUUGUCAUUUUGUUACUCUGGAAUUACACUGAGACAAGCUCAGGCCUUCAAGGUGCAGUUUACUGACCUGACUUAGAACGAAGAUAGCUUUCUGGCAUCGUGGUGGAAGAGUGGUAGCUUUUUCGUAAUUCCACUAAAGUGCCUAUUGAAACUUUUAUCAUUUAAGUGGUAAAAAGUCUGCUGUGAUGGUGUUACAAAACUGAAUUGGAUGCAAACUUUAAGACAAGAAGCAAUAGCAACAUGCUGACUUCUUUUAGAAAACAAAUGGAGAUCACUUCCUGGAAUAUAUCUAAUGACUUAAACUAAGGGGUGGGGCGGGAGGGUGUGUACAUUGUGUUUGGGAGUUAUGUUUGUUGAGGUUUUUUAAAGCAAAUGGUAUGUCAACACAUCAUAUUUCUUCUUCCAAAGUUCCACUGAAAAUUUAAAUUUAAAAUGCUAUUGCUCACUCUAAAGAUGUAAAGCCCAAAUUAAAAAGGCAAAGAUCUUAGCAUACAUCAAUGAAUAUUUAAAAUGUUCAUGCAAAUAUUACAUUUUUCCAAAAUAAUAAAAAGAUGAA